AUGUCCGCCAUAAUGUUUCGAAGCACAGCUGCCCGUGCCUUUCCGCGAUCCUUGACCACUUCUCCCCGAGCAACCCUGUGCAAAAAUGUCCUUACGGCCUCGUUGAGGACAUCAGCUCGUCCAGUUGUAGCUUCCCGAUUGCUAGCUCUCACCACCGUACAACCUAUGCAAAAGGCAUUGGUUCGUUAUGCCACCAACAAUGCGUACGCUUAUGACAAGGCAAAGGCAGAGGCGGAUUUGGGAAAGCAAUUGAUCUCGGCACGUCACGAUGAGGUCUCGACGGAGUCUUCGAUCCACCCCGUCACCGGCGAGGUUGGACUUCAUCAAGAAGAGCAAGAGGUGGACAUGAUGGCUGGAAUUCGAAGUGAUUUUAACACCAUCAAGGAAACUUUUACUUUGAGGGAUGUGCCUCGUGAAGCACUUUACGUUGGUUUGGCUGGGGUCAUUCCUUAUCUGGCGACAUCCCUGACCACCGUCUACCUAUCUUUUGAUAUUCAAUAUGCCGCCCACCACGGACAGGGCUUCUUCUUGUCUGGCGAGGUUGCUGAACAGCUAUUGCACAUCAUCGAACCAAUCCAGCUUGGUUAUGGUGCUUCUAUCAUUUCCUUCCUUGGUGCCAUUCACUGGGGUCUGGAAUGGGCCAAAUUCGGUGGUGCUCAAGGCUAUCCCAGAUACUCCAUGGGUAUUGUCGCUACUGCUGUCGCAUGGCCUACCCUACUUCUUCCCGCAGAAGUUGGUCUAAUCGCUCAAUUCCUUGCCUUCACCUUCUUGUACUACAAUGAUGCACGGGCCGGUGCACGAGGAUGGGCUCCAGCCUGGUACGGAACCUACCGAUUCGUGCUGACUUUCAUCGUUGGUGCAUCCAUUGUUGCAUCGUUGAUUGGACGUGGCCAGAUCUCCGAUUUGGUCACGCGACCAACUGGCCCAACUGAGAGAUUCAGAGCACUCCGAGCGAAACAGUAUGAAGAACUGGGCCCUGAACCAGAUGCUGAGGAGGAGGAAGAAGAAGACGAAGAAGAGUAG